AAGAAGGACUCCAGUCUAUGAAAACCCGGAAGUGGCUCACAGAGGGGAAAAGUUCACUUUGGUUGUUGACGAAAUUUGUGACAUUUCACUGUGUAGAAGACAAGACAUAAAUAUAAAGAAAAGGACCUGUUAGUUACAACCAGAUUCUGAGAACCAUGUCACUUCAGUGGACAUUCAUCGCUGCUUGUCUCUACAUAGAGAUAGCUGUCAUUUGUCUUCUGCUGUUUCCUUUUAUUCAGCCAUCAAGAUGGCAGAAAAUAUUUCGUUCCCGAAUUCUGAACAGCAUGGCAGCGUAUGGCAACAUAUAUUUCAACGUGUUUAUUGGUAUAUUAGUCCUGCUAUUUUUAGAUUCUGUGCGUGAAGUACGAAAGUAUGCUGGGCCAAUUGAGGAGGUCGACCUGAAGCACAAUCCAGAAGCCCAAAUGAUGGCUCAGAUGAAAUUAUUCCGUGCCCAAAGAAAUUUCUACAUUGCUGGAUUUGCGCUAUUCCUUUUCUUCAUCAUCCGUCGUCUCGUGGUGCUGAUAUCUACUGCCGCACGCCUGUCCGCAGAGAGUGAGGCCAGUCGCAAGCAGGCAGAGGGCGCGAGCGAGGCGGCCCGGAGAUUAAUGGAGGACAAGGAGAACAAGGUCAACAAGACCAAGGAGGAAGAGGGUGCUGGGGAGGAUGUCGGUGCAGCCAAGGAAGCUGCUAAGAAGAAGGAUGAGGUCGAGCAAGAGCUGAGGAAAGCCAAGGAUGAUUUGCACAAGGCCCAGCUGAACCUUGAGUCCAUGAAGAAACAGGCUGAAGCAACCAACACCGAGUACGACAGACUGCUGAAGGAACACUCUAAACUCCAGGAAAAGUUUGAGGCUAUUGAGAGUACAGGCGGGAAGAAGGACAACUGAUACCUUGUGAUUGCUUUCCUACAGAUUCUUUUCCCAUUUAUUGGACAUAUCUUUACAUCACAGCUUGUGGUCUGUUUGUUGCUAGAUACGUGAUACACUUCUCGUCAUAUACACCUCGUACAUAUGUGGUAAGCCCAGCUAAAACAGGAAUAUAAACCUCUGAAGUUCCCCAACCAACAUGAAAAGAUGUAAUCAAUACUUCACUGGUUCUUGAUAUGUUCCUCAACAAUGGAGUUUUAACCAACAGUGGAAUUGUUUUAGCAAAAGAUAGACCAGAGGGCCCUGACCGGUAACCUUAGAUCACACAGAUGACAAUAUUCCCUAGUUGACGUGGGUAGCUCAGUGGUUAAUGUGUUUGCUUGUUUCACCGAAGGUUCAGGAUCUGUCCUGCCAGGUCAGAUUGACUACAAAAACAAUUUGGUGUUCUUUAGCUUCAUUUGCCAGUGCAAAUUCUGGUCAUAUAUAAAAAUUGGGUGUUCUUUAACCAGUGGAAAUGAACUGUAAUCAUGUGAAAAUAUCAGAUAUUCUGUAACUUCUUUUGAGUAAGCUAAUUGAGAUUAUUAUAAUGGUGAGGAACAGAUAAUCAGAUUAUUGAGAAUUUUCUAAUCACUUGAAGGGCAACCAUGCUUUGUUUCUAAGUUUAAGCAGAUACUAUCCCUCAUGACAAUGUUUAUUUCUGGAAUCUAUAUGUCCAUUUUUUUGAGAUUUCCAUACAUAACUUCAUAUCUUCAUGUAUCUUUGUGCAAGUAUCUUGGCAAGUACCAUAGAGCUGACACAAGCUCCCGCCAAGCAUGCCAGGAAUCAGACCUGCAACCCUCCUGCAAUUCUCAUCAUUACUUGACACGACCUGUUUUAUGUGUAUGAGGAUGCAGUUGCCAUGGUUACAGUCUACGUGUUUAAUCGUUAAAAGUUACUAUUGAGGCUAAUUGUUUAACAUGUUUAAUCCUGCCUCUCAGGUUUGAUUUUUCUAUGCCUGUAUAUUGCUGCCGUUUGUAUGUUUUUGCCUUUAUGGAAAUGAAUGCCUGGAUUUUGUUCUGUUUGAUGAUUCAAUUUCCUGUUAGGGAUGGUGCUGGUGUAAAUAUGUACAUCAUGAACGGAUGUGUAAUUGGUAGUUUUGCCAACUAUUUUAGAUCCAGCCAGUUCAACCCUUUUCCGAUUUGGUUCGGUUAUCGACUUUGUGCUAUUGUUUUGAAUAUUUCCAUGUCUGGUUGUUGUGACUCUGUGUCAAGCUUAUGUUUUUGUCAUAGAUUCAUAUAUAUCAGCCGAGAACUAAUCAAUAUUAAUCAAAAUUAUUAUCAUUCAAAGACAUUGCAAGAAAUCACUGUAUAUAGGAAGGCACUGUAAAACAGAGCUGUGUCCCUUGUCAUGAGUCUUGGAAUAAACAGCAUAUGUUUGUUUAGCCCAAGACUUCUGAUAGGGGCGCUAAAUCAGCACUGAACCCAACUCCACACACUCACUGAAAACUGAGUAAAUUUCAGCAUUUUUUAGAGGGAUUUAUCUGGACUUGCUCAGAAGCAAAUAUUCAGUAAAAAUUCCUAAAUUGGAUUUAGACAUUUUAGAUUUGUCCUGUUGGACUUACAAUUGAUGUUAUGUCUUAGUAGGAUGACUUGUUUUUGUUGAAAAACAUAUUGAGAAUACAUAUAAAUAUAUGACAAUGUUAGAAAUACACAGAAGAUUGAUUCUGGGAUUUUUGUUGUUUUACUGGAUUUUCAUUUAAUGCAGUGUUAAUCAUGUUCAUUGUAUAAUACCUCAAGAUACUAACAAAAACACCUAGGAGUACCUGAUAAGUUUCUAAAUGUGGGAAAAGUACCUAGAGGUUGGACCUUGUGGGGCUCACCAAUGCUCAGAUCCAGGAAGAGACAGGGGACACAUCUCUGCAAGUAAUUUGUGGCACCUUUGACAGAUUGCUGGUAGAGUUAUAAACCUUAUGGGUGGACAAGCUGUUAGAAUGUUCAGUGAAAUAAUAUUUCAUACAUUAUCCCCUCAGGGUUAGUUAUAAUCCAGUAUGUUUGUAUACUGUUCUGUUUUUUUCAAUAGUACAUGACAGUAACUUAACAAGUGGCGAGGUAUGUUUUGGUUUCCAUUUCGCACUAUAAACUACAUGGCCUACAUACAGGAUAAAUGUUGAAGGACAGUUAAAGCAUGUUGAAAUAUCAUGACUACAUAUAUUACAAUGUCUUUUAGUGGUACAUAUAUUACAUAUUUUAACUUGACUUUUGGUAUCUUGCAUUAUGUUAUGUAAAGGGGCGGUGAGGUAGCCUAGUGGUUAAAGCUUUCACAGGUCAUGCUGAAGACCCGGGUUCGAUUUCCCACAUGGGUACAUUGUGUGAAGCCCAUUUCUGGUGUUCCCCACCAUGAUAUUGCUGGAAUAUUGCUAAAAGCAGCAUAAAACUAAACUCACUCACUCACAUAUGUGAAAGCACUACAGUUACUAAUAGGAGGCGAUGGGGUAGCCUGAUGGUUAAGCGUCCGCUCGACACGCUGAAGACCCGGGUUCGAUUCCCCACAUGGGUGCAAUGUGUGAAGCCCAUUUCUGGUGUUCCCCACCGUGAUAUUGUUGGAAUAUUGCUAAAAGCGGCAUAAAACCAUACUCACUCACUCACUAACAGAUAGUGUGAGUGUAGGAUUAUUCAACAGUUAUCAGGCCUUAUCCCAAAAUGGUGAGACAAUGAAUUCUUUACCAAUGACAUGUAUAUAUAUACAAUAUAUUGUAUUUUGUGGGAAGUGGAAUGUAAAUUAGUUAUGCAUACUUGUAUUUAGACCUUGAGACAAUACUUAGAUCAUGAUUAAUAUAUUGAUUCAAUUUGAGACUGAGUUUGCUAUGUUCUUUUAAUGCAAGGCCAGGCAGUGUUAUUUCUUUAUCUUUGUCAAAAACCAAGAUAAUCUGUUUUGGAAACCAGGUGAUACACGUUUUGAAAUCUGAUUUGUCAGAAACACUAGUAUGUUUUUUGAAAUAUUGAGGCAGUGUCCCGAAGGGGGCUGUAUAGCAGCAGAAACAAUGGCCAAUGUUUGGAGGUUACCAUGGGGAUAUAACAUGACAGAGAAAAUACUGUUGAUUAUUAUUUGAAACGCAUGUUACAUUGUAUACAUUUGUGUUAUUGUAGGAUUAUUUGUGAAGAAAAUAGCAUAUUCUGCUUCAGAUUGACUGUGUACACUGGUAUGAAGGUUCUGGCUAUGGUUGAACUUGCAUCACAAGUAUCAGCUGCUGCUGUCAAACUGAUGAAGGGUUUGUUAGAAGAUUGAUUGAUUGAUUGUUGGACUAUAUUUUCCUAACCAUGUUUCAGAGUGAAAUAAAGGCAUCUUUAAUGAAA